GUUCUCCAUGGGCCUCCUUUCUCUUUCUCUCGUCGUCUCAUUUUCCUCAGCCUAUCAGUGCCUUGGUGCCGAUCCGCCAGGCGCCAGCACCCCGAAUGCCCACAACCCACAUAGCAGAAUGACCGUGGAUGACAUUUUGUUGAGGAGACGCAACGAUAGGCGCCAUGUGCGAGAAGUGUGGAUUUUCCUGGGCAGCGUCCUCGUCUUUUUUACCAUUGUCAACUUCUUUCGAAAGCUGCUGAGACUUGUUGCUCGUCGCCGUGGUGCCAAAUCACGCAGUCCACGGGCUACCGCACACGCAGGUCACACUGACGCAGAGAAGGCAGAGCAACCGCGCUCUGCUCCUCAGCCCCCUGCCUCAGUGUUAUCGCGGGUCGCCUCGUCUAUCUCAACGGUGUUUCGGAUCGUCGCAUUCCGAUGGUCGCUGUGGCUUGGACCCAACAACUUGGGCUCUCUUGGUGAACUUGCCUUCAUCCUGCUUUACAUUUCGGCCAACCUCAUUUGGUUGCUCGUCGACACUCGAAAUCUCAACAUUGACUGGUACAAGACCAGGGCAGGGAUGAUUGCGACUUCCCAAAUCCCCCUUGUAGUCGGACUUGCGAACAAGAACAAUGUUGUUUCCUAUUUGACUGGCGUCGGGCAUGAAAAGUUGAACGUUCUUCACCGGGCUUCAGGACGCACUGUGCUUUUCUUUCUAUGGAUUCAUGCCGUAGGGCGAGUAAUCAAUGGCCUCCCCCCACACACAGACUUUACGCACCACUACAUGCAAGCGGGGAUUGCGGGACUGGCAGCUUUGACAAUCGGCACGUUCCUCUCAAUGCGAAUCUUCCGACAAGCACUCUUUGAGUUUUUCUACUACGGGCACAUCUUCCUUAUGCUAAUCUUUGUCAUAACCGGAUUCAUCCACGUUUAUCCCCUAGGGUAUGCCUACUACAUCUGGCCAUCCUUCAUACUAUGGGGCUUGGAUAGAGCAAUCCGCCUGGGCGGGGUCUUCUGGAACAAUGUAUUGCGAUGCACCGAAUCCAACAAGGCACAAGCGACUGUCGAGUUACUGACACCUGAUACGAUCCAACUGACGAUGCAACGCAAGUUCUCGUGGAAGCCUGGCCAGCAUGCCUACGUCUGCAUUCCCAAAAUCAGCCGACUCCCCUUUGAAUUCCACCCUUUCACCAUUGCCACCAUCCCCGAGAACCUCAACGGGACCAGACCUGAAGAAAAGACAGUUGCGUUCUUCAUUCGAUCUCGAGAAGGGGUAACAAGGCGUCUCCGCAAGUACAUCUCUGAGAAUGGGUCCGGCAGUGUAACCGCCUACGUGGAUGGCCCAUAUGGGGCACCUCCUGACCUUUCCUGCUAUUCAACAGCUAUCCUCAUUGCUGGUGGCUCUGGUAUUUCUUACACCCUUCCAUUGCUCCUGGACCUCAUCCGGCGAUCAUCGACUGGGGCAAGGUCGGACGUUGAGCGUGUCAAGUUUGUCUGGGUAGUACGAGGGGAGGGACAUCUCCCAUGGAUAAACAGCAUCUUAUCCGAGGCGCUGAUGGUGGUAAAGCAACCUCUCGUGGUCGAUGCCUGCAUAUAUGUCACGGGAACAAGCGUACACAGAAACACAUCGAAGCUGACCAGCUCCAUCUCGAAAACCGAAAAGGACAUCCUUUUCGUGGAACCUGAGAUAACGGAGUCCUACCUUGCCAAGAUCUACCAUGGCCGGCCGAACCUGCAAGAGCUCUUUGACGAAGAGAUCACGAACGCCCAGGGACCUGUGUCCGUCGAUAUCGCCGGUCCAUUUGGCCUGACAGAGUCGGUGAAAGGUGCCUUGGGCUCCGGUGCUGCCAGUGCAGGAUCCGUGCUGAACGGACGCCAUCCUGUUACUCUGCAUGUGGAAACCUUUGGGAUGGGGGGCGCCUGA